AAAAAUAAUUGAACUAUAGUUUUGUGUGUAUCAACAACAAAAAACAAAAUAAAAAUGACCAUGAUAAUGGGAACAGUACCAUCGAUUCACAUACUGGUGCUCACCAUCAUUAUCAUCGCAUCAAACGGUGUUGUUAUACACGGAGAAAAUAAAGUUGUUUUACUGGACACAACACAGGAAAGUUCGUUAGACUGGACACGCUAUCCCUAUGGACCACAAUCUAGGACACCCGGGUGGGUAGAGGAAAGUUUCACAAACUUUGAACAGGGCAUCAACUGGCGAUCCUAUGUUACCUGUGAUGUUGCCUACAAUAAUGUUAACAAUUGGUUGUGGACACCGUUUAUUGAGCGCAAGGAUGCAAAUAGGAUGUACAUCGAGAUUAAGUUUUCAAUGAGAGACUGUAACCUAUUUCCCGGUAUGGCCCUGUCGUGUAAAGAGACAUUUUCGUUGCUAUACUAUGAAUAUGACGGUAAGGGCGAUGGCCGGGACGGUCCUCCAUGGGAUCCCGACUCCUAUAAACUGAUUGACCGCAUAGCUGCCGAUGAGGGCCGGUUUACGUCCAAUAAUGAGGUUAUAAUCAAUACCGAAAUCCGAAGCAUACCGGUAACCAAAAAGGGCGUCUAUUUUGCUUUCCGCGAUCAGGGAGCCUGUCUGUCCAUAAUAGCCAUCAAAAUCUACUAUGUUGUCUGUCCCAAUAUUACGACCAACUUUGCCAGCUAUCCGGAAACACCAACUGGCCGUGAAUUGACUUCAAUCCAAACUACCGAAGGCCAGUGUGUAUCAAAUGCUCAACAAGUAGACAAACCGCGACUACUAUGCAAAGGUGACGGCAAUUGGACACUACCGUCCGGCGGUUGCAAAUGUAUGGCCGGCUACGAACCGAUUGGCAACACUUGUCAGGUGUGUCCGCCGGCAACAUUCAAACCGGUUACCGGCGACGAGUUGUGUAGGCCGUGUCCCCGACACUCGACCGCACCGUACAGAGGAUCUACUGAAUGUCGAUGCGAUGCCGGCUACUAUCGGGCCCAAAAAGAUCCCAAAUGGAUACCCUGUACACAACCUCCCAGUGCACCAAUGAAUCUGACAGUCAACUUUGUCGACCAGUCAACAGUCAUACUGUGGUGGGCACCGCCUAAAUAUUUGGGCGGCCGUAACGAUACUGUCUACCGGAUUACAUGCGACGCUUGCGGACCGUCGGCUACCUAUGUACCCGCGCAGGAAGGUUUCAACGAUACCAAAGUGGUCAUAUCGGGCUUGAAUCCCACCACUACCUACCGAUUUAUGGUCUACGCUGAAAACGGUGUUUCCGGCUACGAUACGGCACAGUUUGUCGACAUUACAGUAACCACCGAAACAUCCGGUUAUAUAUCGUUGAUAACAAUGUCCGAAGACGGUUCCGGUCAAAAAUAUAACGCUAUGCCGCCAUCAUCGACGGCCAAUACACUAGUGACCAACGUCCGGAUAGUAUCGGUAAAAAGUAGCGAAAUUGUGUUGGCCUGGGAUCGACCCGUCGACGACCAAUCAUUCAACGACAUAAUCAUCUAUCAGGUGAAGUACUAUCAGAAAGGACAGGAAAAUCGCAAUUCAUCGACAAUUAUAGUCAAUAAGGAACGACACGAAACUGUUGUCAAGAAUCUCCAACAACGAACCGAAUACUUGUUUCAGGUUAGGGCCAAAUCAAUGUCCGGUUGGGGCGAAUAUAGUAAACCGUUGGCCAAAAUGACUGGCCAACUGAUUGGCAGCAAUUCGUAUGUAUCGGGCGAUGACGACUCUGUUCAGGUUCGCAUCAUAAUAGCCGGCGUUACCGUUGCUAUUGUCGUCUUAGUGGUCAUAGUCGUCAUGAUUGUAUUGUAUAUGAGAAGCAGCGACGACUGUAACAAAAAACAACCGUCCGAUUGCGAUACACUAGAAUACAGGACAGCCAGCGAAGUAGUUCCCGGUACUAUUGUCGACGUACUGGUACCGACUGGCCGUUUUAGUUCACCAUGUUCGGUACGGACACCCCUGUUUACACAUUGUUCAUCAUCCAGUCGUUCCUAUGUCGACCCGCACACCUACGAAGAUCCUAAUCAAGCGGUCCGGGAGUUUACCAAAGAAAUCGAUGCCUCAAACAUAACUAUCGAAGCGAUUAUAGGUGGCGGCGAAUUUGGUGACGUAUGUCGGGGUAAACUUCGGAUGCCUGGCCGUCCCGAAAUGACCGUAGCCAUCAAAACAUUGAAACCUACAUCAGCUGAGAAACCACGACUGGAUUUCCUAACCGAAGCCUCAAUAAUGGGACAGUUUGAUCAUCCGAAUGUGAUAUACUUGCAGGGAGUGGUCACCAAAUCCAAUCCGAUUAUGAUAAUUACCGAAUACAUGGAACACGGAUCGCUGGAUACCUUCCUCCGGGCCAACGACGGCAAGUUUCAAUGUGUCCAACUGGUAGGUAUGCUCCGGGGUAUAGCCUCGGGUAUGCAAUAUCUGGCCGAAAUGAACUACGUUCAUCGUGAUCUGGCCGCCCGUAACGUACUGGUCAAUUCGACACUGGUAUGCAAGAUUGCCGAUUUUGGACUGUCCCGCGAGAUCGAAAGUGCCACUGAGGGCGCCUAUACUACUCGGGGCGGCAAAAUACCGGUGCGAUGGACAGCACCCGAAGCCAUAGCCUUCCGUAAGUUUACAUCAGCUUCCGAUGUCUGGAGUUUCGGUAUUGUUUGCUGGGAAGUACUGUCCUAUGGCGAGAGGCCCUACUGGAACUGGUCAAACCAGGAUGUCAUCAAGGGUAUUGAAAAAGGAUACCGAUUGCCACCACCAAUGGACUGUCCUGAGAUGCUGUACGAUAAGCUGAUAAUGGAGUGCUGGCAAAAGGAUCGCAAUAUGAGGCCCACGUUUUCACAAAUUGUUAAAAUAUUAGAUAAGCUAAUCAAAAAUCCAGAAAAUUUGCACAAAAUUUGCAAAACAACAAGGUUAACCGUUGACCCGUUUGGUGAGCUGAACACAAUGUGCAUACCCGAUGUCAUACAAUUCAAAUCGGUAGACGAAUGGCUGGCCAGUCUCAAGAUGACCCGCUAUCGGCUAAACUUUGAACAAUCAGGUGUUACCAAUCUAUCGGCAGUGGCCCGACUGACGGCCCAGGAUUUGGCCAUUAUUGGUGUUACACUAGUUAGCCAUCAGAAAAAGCUGAUGAACGGCAUUCAACAGUUAAGACUGCAGACCAGUAUCGGUACGCCCGAGGGUUUCCUCGUAUAAGUGCAGUGACAGUAGUAUUACUAGUAGUAGUAGUGUAGUGACAAUCAUCGCCCCUAUAGCUGGUCAUUAACUGUGGGAUUUUCACUGAACAUUAGGACACUUAAUACCAUUAAAAAAAAUAUAAAUUUUUAUCGUUAACUGAUAUGGACAGUCAUAU